CAGCACCCGAAUAUUUGCGUGACACUUCUCUUCCUCGAGAAAUCGGGAACCGUCUGCCUUUCAAUUACGUGGCACACCGUGGUGUCGGGGAAAUUGCCGACAUGGCGACCUACCAGACGUAUCAGGACUUUAUACAGAAAAACGAAGAUCGCGACGGAAUAAGGUUUAGCUGGAAUGUGUGGCCGUCGAGCCGGCUGGAGGCGACGCGGCUGGUGAUUCCCCUUGGCUGUCUAUUCACGCCGCUCAAAGAGCGACCAGACCUUCCGCCGAUCCAAUAUGACCCCGUCCAGUGCACCCGGCAAACGUGCCGGGCCAUUCUCAACCCUCUGUGCCAGGUGGACUACCGCGCAAAACUGUGGGUGUGCAACUUUUGCUUCCAGAGGAACCCGUUUCCUCCCCAGUACGCUUCCAUCUCAGAGCAGCACCAGCCGGCUGAGCUGAUCCCGCAGUUUUCGACCAUCGAGUACACCAUCAUGCGGGCCGCCUGCGUACCGCCGAUAUUCUUGUUCGUUGUUGACACCUGCAUCGACGAUGACGAGCUGACGGCGCUCAAGGAGUCACUACAAAUGUCCCUUUCACUGCUUCCUGCUAAUGCUCUCAUCGGGCUCAUUACCUUCGGCAAGAUGGUUCAGGUGCACGAGCUAGGAAGCGAUGGGUGUGCCAAGAGCUACGUGUUCCGAGGCACCAAGGACCUGACGGCCAAGCAGAUCCAGGACAUGCUGGGCGUAGGCAAGUUCGGGCAGCAACCGCAGGGCGUUGCACCACAGCAACCGCGCAUGCCACAGCAUCCACAGCAGCCGCAGCACCCACAACCCGUGCCGCCGGCGAGCCGCUUCCUGCAGCCGGUGCACAAGUGCGACAUGAACAUGUCCGACCUCUUGGACAGCCUGCAGCGCGAUCCUUGGCCCGUGUCGCAGGGCAAGCGCCCGCUCCGGUCCACGGGUGUGGCGCUGUCCAUAGCCGUCGGAUUGCUAGAGUGCAGCUACCCAAACACGGGCGCACGAAUCAUGCUCUUCACAGGCGGCCCAUGCACCCAAGGGCCAGGAAUGAUUGUCGGCGACGAGCUCAAGAUUACCAUCCGCUCACACCACGACAUCUCGAAAGACAAUUGCAAGCACAUGCGCCGUGCCAUCAAGCACUACGAGGCUCUGGCUCACAGGGCUUCUGCAAACGGACACGCUGUUGACAUCUUCUCCUGCGCCCUUGACCAGACAGGGCUCCACGAAAUGAAGUUCUGCCCCAACAUGACCGGCGGCCAUAUCGUUAUGGGUGACUCGUUUAACUCCUCACUGUUCAAGCAGACCUUCCAGCGGGUGUUCGCCAAAGAUUCGCGCGGCGAAUUUCGCAUGGGCUUCAAUGCACUGCUUGAGGUUAAGGCGUCACGGGAGCUGAAAAUAAGUGGCUGCAUAGGGCCGUGCAUUUCGACGAAUGUCAAGAGCUCCAGUGUCUCGGACACCGAAACCGGCCUUGGCGGCACUUGCCAGUGGAAAAUGUGCACCCUCAGUCCCAGCACGACCAUGGGGAUAUUCCUUGAGGUGGCGAACCAGCACAAUGCACCCAUUCCUCAGGGUGGUAGGGGGUGCCUUCAGUUCAUCACACAGUAUCAGCAUCCGAGUGGUCAGAAGAGGGUUAGGGUAACAACUGUAGCAAGGAACUGGGCAGAUGCAUCAGCCAACCUGCAUCACAUUUCUGCUGGCUUUGACCAGGAGGCUGCAGCAGUGCUUAUGGCACGUCUGGCAUGCUUCAGAGCACAGGGAGAGGAUGACGGAGCUGACGUGUUGCGCUUUAUUGAUCGGACUCUCAUAAAGCUGUGCCAAAAGUUUGGCGAAUAUGCCAAAGACGACCCAAGUUCUUUCCGGUAUGCAGAGAACUUUUCCCUAUACCCCCAGUUUAUGUUUCACCUUCGAAGAUCGCAGUUCAUACAGGUAUUCAACAAUAGCCCCGAUGAGACCUCGUACUACAGGCACAUGCUGAACCGUGAGGAUAUGACCCAAUCUCUGAUCAUGAUCCAGCCCAUCCUGUACGCAUACUCCUUCAAUGGACCACCUGAACCUGUUCUGCUUGACACAAGCAGCAUCCAGCCUGACAGGAUCCUGCUCAUGGACACCUUCUUCCACAUUGUCAUCUUCCACGGUGAAACAAUCGCUCAAUGGCGCAAGGCUGGCUACCAGAACUCACCCGAACAUGAAAAUUUCCGGCAGCUGCUUCAGGCUCCCGAAGACGAUGCACAGGAGAUCCUGCAGACACGCUUCCCGAUGCCUCGAUACAUUGUGUGCGACCAAGGUGGCUCCCAGGCCCGGUUCCUGCUCUCCAAGGUGAACCCGUCAGUGACACACAACAACGCCUACAACUGGGGCCAGCAGGAAACCGGUGGUUCCCCUGUCCUCACAGAUGACGUCAGCCUGCAGGUGUUUAUGGAACACCUCAAAAAGCUGGCGGUUUCCAGCUCUGCCUGAGUCUCGCAUCAGCAGGCUCCUGUCUUCAUCAGAUGCCUUUCAGCAUUGUUCACAAGUUUUGAGAAUAUAUCAAAGACUGCUUGCCACAGUACCUUCUUGCAAACCUGAUCCAAUCCAUGCCGUCAGAGUUCUUGUGCCGUUUUCUUGCUUUGUUUCAAGCCAAGAAACUGGCCUGCUAGACUUAAUGUCAGUUCACAUCUUGCUGUAUAGAUGGCACAGGUUGUAGUAACACCACAGAAAGUGGUUACAGUCAUGCAGGUGUCUUGUACCGCAUCAAAAAGAACACUAGUGAGGGCACAAAGCCGGUUGCAACAAACACGCUGUUCAGGCAGUGACACAGUGGGUCGCCGUUUUAAUGACCACAAGUGAGCCCAUGAAACUGGUGAGGUAUAAAUGGCUGAGAAUAAAUGCAAUGGACCUAAGCUCUGUGAUGUGCAAUUCAACAGUGUGCCACAAUCACUUGGUAACUGCAACACUCCUCAUCUAGGAGUUCAAUGUGGCCUUCCUUAAAAUAGAGCACACAGUGCAUGUAGUCGUAAUGGUCUGGCACUGUCUGGGACUGUAAAAGAGUUAGUUAACCCAACCUUUUGUUGUAAGCUGUUACUGACAACAGAACUAUCUUCCCCACAAUUGUUGUCAUUCUUUUACACAGUCUCCUUCAUAACUGUGUGAUUAUGCCACACUGUCCAUAGCCUGACAACAUUCCUGUAUUUCACAAAUUGAUCUUGUGUAGAGAUAUUGGCCCCAACAUAUAUCAGGAUGAACCCAAGAAGUAAAGUCAUCUGCAUUACUCUAUUUCUUUUCUUUGUUUUUAUGUCCUCUGAUGUUCCAAUGCCGUUAUGAUCUUGGCGUAGUUGACGUCUUUUCUUGCACAUUCUUGUAGUUGUAUGAUGUGUAAAAACAGAGUGGGAAUAAAUUAAAUUUUUGAUGGAAUCUUGGGUUAUGUUAAAGGCACUGUGCUACAUUCAUUUGACAAGCUGGUAAGUGGUACACACUAAGAAAAGUUUGCACCCUUUGGGGUUAUCGUGUCCCCAUACAAUAAUUGUCAUCCUGUAUGCCUUUCCUUUCCUUAAGGCACUGUACUUUGCACUGUACUUAACGCCUUGUACUUCCAGUUAAUGAAUAGCAUGCACGCUAUCAGUUUGGCAUAGCAUUCUUGUCAGGAAAAUAGCGAGUACAGCAUUUUCAAGAAAGGAAAUGCAAACAAGGCAUAUGACUAUUGUUUCGGGAUAAGUCUUGAAGAGAGUUAAUUUUUUUUAGUGUAAAUUGAUGUAGUACACCUAGCUAUUUUCAUUUCUUCUAUUUGGGUUUCUAUAUAUAAGCCUCGAUACUGUUCUGCUGCAGGUUCUAAUGUGCCUAAAGAUUUUCUGUAUGGUUACCCUAAAGAUUCAUACUGGCAUAAGUGUUUUUAUUUGUUCAUAAAUAAAUGAUUCAAUUAAAUGAAUUCAUUCAUUUCACAUUCACUCUAUGCUCUCUUAAAAAACCCAUUCACCUUUUGUUGAAGUUUUUAGAGUCAGCAAGCAUACGCAACCCCUAUGAGUGAAGACACUGCUUACCAUAGGUCAUUUGGCUUUCAUAUAUUGGUGAACAACAAAUUGUGUGUAUGUUGGCGCAAAGAAGAGAGACUGAAGAGUGCAUCCUGCCUCUCUUGCAUGCUCCAUACUUUAUGCAGGCAGUUUGGUAACGUACCAACAAGCUAAUUUUAUUAAUGCUCUGGCAUAUGACACUCCAGUGUACUCUACAAAAUUCGGUUGAAAAAGCUUGUCAAAAUAAUUUUUACAAAAAAAGAUUAUUAUUUUUAGUAGAAGUAAAUCUCAUUCUGAGCCUCUAAGAAAGAAAAGCUGUAGCUCGUGUCCACAAAGGAUGCAAGGAUUUGUGUGCACUUUUUAAGAUACUGGACACAUGCAAUAGCGAACAGCUCUUGUGAACGAAUAUGUGUCUCGCAAACUGCAGUUCAGAACUGCUGUGGGUACGUGUGGUGUUCAGCUGGGGUCUACCAAAGCAGAUAAAAAACUUGCAUCAAGAGGACUGUACAUUGAACCUAUGUUAAUAAAAUUACAGAAGUGUUUAUUUA